GUGCCUUGAGUUCUCCAGGCUCAGGCUCUGAGAUCGCAGCCAUUGCCAUGGAUCCCAGCAGCUGGAGCGGCAGUGAAAGUGCCGGGGAGGACAUCGAGAGGAUGAGUGACUCGGCUGAUAAGCCCAUGGACAAUGACGCGGAGGGCGUGUGGAGCCCUGACAUUGAGCAGAGCUUUCAGGAGGCUCUGGCCAUCUACCCUCCCUGUGGCCGGCGGAAAAUCAUCCUGUCUGAUGAGGGCAAAAUGUAUGGUCGCAACGAACUCAUCGCCAGAUACAUCAAACUGCGAACGGGCAAGACACGGACGAGAAAGCAGGUCUCCAGUCAUAUCCAAGUUCUUGCCCGGCGGAAAUCCAGAGAAUUUCACUCCAAGCUGAAGGAUCAUACGGUGAAGAACGAUGCCAUCAACAGAAUGGGAGGCAUUUCUGCUGCGCAGAUUGUCUCCGCCACGGCCAUCCACAGCCGGCUGGGGCUCGCAGGACUGCCACGACCUGCUUUACCUGGAGCCACGGGGAUUUGGCAGGUAUCAACAGGACAGCCUGGUUCUUCACAAGACGUCAAGCCGUUUUCACAGCAGAAUUACCCCAUCCAGACCACCACUGCCAUCGCAGCUUAUGAGUCUCCUACAGCUCUGUCUGCUGCUGUACCGCCGUGGCAUGGUCGAUCCAUCGGCACCUCCAAACUCAGACUAGUGGAGUUUUCAGCCUUUCUGGAGCAUCAGCGGGACCCUGAUUCAUACAACAAGCAUCUGUUUGUGCACAUCGGCCAGACGAACUACUCGUACAGCGACGCGCUGCUGGAGACGGUGGAUAUUCGUCAAAUCUACGACAAAUUCCCAGAGAAGAAGGGAGGAUUAAAGGAGCUGUUUGGAAAGGGACCACAGAACGCCUUCUUCCUCGUCAAGUUCUGGGCUGAUCUAAACUGUAACAUCCAGGAGGAUUCCGGCUCUUUCUACGGCGUGACCAGUCAGUACGAGAGCUCAGAGAACAUGACCAUCACCUGCUCCACAAAGGUCUGCUCCUUCGGCAAACAAGUGGUGGAAAAGGUGGAGACUGAAUACGCUCGCUUUGAAAACGGUCGUUUCGUCUACAAGAUCAGCCGAUCACCCAUGUGUGAAUACAUGAUCAACUUCAUCCACAAGCUCAAACACCUGCCAGAGAAAUACAUGAUGAACAGCGUCCUCGAAAACUUCACUAUACUACUGGUGGUGUCCAACAGGGAAACUCAAGAGACUCUGCUCUGCAUGGCGUGUGUUUUCGAAGUGUCCAACAGUGAACACGGCGCUCAGCAUCACAUCUACAGACUGGUCAAAGAUUGAGGUGUGCUCGAUAACAUUAAAAACACUGUGGCGUUCAGCUGACGGACUGACUUAAGCCUCACAAAACCUCAUGCCUCUGUCAGUCCUUCCCAUAAGGCUUUGCUUGGGUGAAUAAUGACAUCAUCGUUCGUUUCUAUCUCUCGUGUUUCUGUGUUUUUUCUUUAACCUGUCGUGUGGGUGAAGCGGUACAGUUUGUUCAGACGUCGGUUGAUGUUUUAAACCACAUUAGCGUGUUUUGCUUGUUCUAUAGAGUCGUAUUGUUUCUGUUCCACCGCUGAUCUACAUUUCAAAGACUUGGCCCCUGGUAGUUUUUGUGGGAUUUAUUUUGAAUGGACGAGCACAGAAAGGUACUGUAUUAUUUAUGUGGAACUACCUGCCUUACAGAACGCACAUGAGCUGUGAGCCACCGUUACAGAUGCUACAACACUAACAAACCUUUCCUUUACACAAUCGCUUUAGUUUGUGGAUUUCCUUUUGCCUUUAAAGCUGAUGUAACCUUUUUUUUCAUUAUUUAAAAAUACUUUUCUGAGCCAGCUUAUUAUGCACAGAAAGACAAGUACAUUAGUUCAUUAAAAACCCCGUCCUGUUGUCUAGAAGACCAUUUCCUCCACAGAACAAGAACUGAAAUACUAGUUGCAAAUAUAAGACGUAUUGAUCAAAUAUUCUUGGCCAGUUCUGACUUUUUUUUUUGUCCUCAAAAUAAGGAAGUUAAUGAUUAUCAGGUUAUAAAUAUGAGAAGUUAUAAGUUACACAUGUGAGAGAUGAACUUGCAGUUUAUAUAUCAGAAACAAAAGGCCAAAUUCCACACAACAGUUGCAUGUGUCAAAGUACAUAUUUCAGUUACUGAGAUGUAUUGGCUGCAUUUCAAAUUCUCAGUUUUGUGAGAUGGAUCUCAGUUUUGCUUUAUAAACUGUGCUAAUAGGUCACUGAUAAGACUGAUUUAUACUUCUGCGUCGAGUGAUCGGCGUAACCUAUGGCACAUGCCUUAUGCGUAGUCGUGCAUUUAUACUUCAGCCUUCUGUUUGUGUUGCUCUGCAUUAGCACUUCUGUAACUCUAGCUGGCAGUAGGUUGUGUCGAGUUUCUUCGCUGGUGUUUUGUUUAGGCUGAAUGCUACCUAAUAUACACGUAUCGCAAACUUGCUCAUUCAGAGGUGCGAACCGGCAGGCGUGCAACAACUUUACUCAUAAGGUAAACACAAAACAAAUGUUUCCAUCUAGAGCUACUUCAUUGGACUUGACACUUGUAAACACUCGCUCCUACGAGUUUGCAAGGCUCUUAAGCUGCGGUCACACUGGGCUUUUCCUCCCAUAGACUUCCAUUAAUUUGCACGUGAAUGCGUCAAACCGGAAACGCAAGGUCAUGCGUCCAGUUUCGCAUGUUGCUGCGAUGUAAAGUUCAAGCUUGGUGAACUCUGAACUGCGAAAUCGCAUCACUUGACUGCGUGAGACCAAUCAAGGAUCAAAACACGACCUGUCUGAACAGAAAUUUAAAACAUGGAGCAAUCGCUUGCUUUUUUAAAUGUCUAAUUAUCUUGUUUAAUCCCGCCCCUAUUCGCAGCGCCGUACGACUGAAUUUCGCACACACAAAGCACAGUGUGACCGCAGCUUUAGUCCUGCCUACACUGGUUACAGCUACCAAGCCGACCAAUCACAGAGCUUGCGAUAUGCGUCAUUGUGAUGUGUAGUUACUUUUUUUGAAACGUGCAUCAGCCAUGGUGAAGGGUUUGUAACUGCACAAAAGGUUGCACUGGAGCAUACACAUGCGCUUGACAGAAGUAUAAAUCAGCCUUUAGAAUGAUACAGAUUUUUGCCAAUUGUUAUGAUAUAAAUUUGCAUCUGUAAAAAGAAGAGUCCAAAUUAUAAGAUACGAGUUGCAUUUUUGUCACAUACUGAUAUAACAAAUGCAAUUCUGACUUUUUUCCUCUCAACAUUGCAACUCUGAAACUGCAAGUUUAAAUGUAGAAUUCUGAAAUCUGAAAGUGCAAUUUUAAGAAAAAUUUGAGAUAGUCGCAUUUAUAAGUCAGAACAUAAGUUGCUUGAGUCGAAAAACUAAAUUCAGCAGGAAAAAUAAGCACUGAACAUGUCAACUAUUUUUUCUCAGAAAACCUAUAUCUAAAGGUGUCGUUGACCUGAAAUUUUCACCCUAUCUUGGUAACAACCAAAGAAAUCCAUAUAUGCACAGAAAACAAAUCUAAUUAGUUUACAAAUGAGGUGAUGUGUAAUAAAAUGAAAUGACACAAGGAAAAGUAUUGAACACAUGAAGAAAGGGAGGUGUGGAAAUACAGUGAAUGCCCAGACAGCAGCUGAAAUUUCUCAGUAGUUCUUCACCAACCCGCUUCGUCAUUGUAAAUUAAUAUCAGCUGCUUUAGUCCAACAUUUAGGCUGGACAUUUCAGCUAGACAAUGAUCCAAAACACAGCCAAGGAAACUCUCAAAUGCUUUCAGAGAAAGAAAAUAAAGCUGUAGAAUGGCCCAGCUAAUCACCUGACUUGAAUCCAAUAAAAAAAAAAAAUAAAGAUCAGAUUUGAUAGACGAGACCCACAGAACCAUCAGGAUUUUUACACACUGUUGAAGUCUGUGAAAAAACUCACACUGUAGUAAUUCAUCUGACUUCAUUCUCCAUAUGAGAGGUGUCUUUAAGCUGCCAUCACCAAAAAAAAACUUUUAUAUAAAGUAUUAAAUACAUUUCAGUAGUUCAGUUCAGUUCUUUCUUCGUGUCAUUUCAUUGUUAUUAAACACAACUCAUUUUUCAGAUUUGUUUUUGUUUUGUUUUAAUGUUUGUAUUGUUUGGAUGCCACCAAAAUCUGCUUCAUUUCCAUGUCAACAGCUCCUUUAGAAAUAUUAUUCCCAGGAAAAAACAUGACGUGUUCAAUACUUAUUUUCCCCUCUGUACACCGGACUAUUAUGAAUUGCAUACUCGCAUACUGAUAUAUAAUAGUGAAAACAUCACCAUUCUAACAUUUUUACUCAGAAUUUCAGGAGCUAAACUUGCUGAAACAAUUUUUUUUUUUUGUUUAAUCUUGCAUUUGGGAGGGGGAAAAAGUCAAUUGUUAGAUUGAAUAGUUGCAAUUCCUUUUUUAAAAAUUCUGUGGUGGAAUGAAGCUUCAAUACUGUCAUGCUGUGAAAAUGUAUUAAUUUCUACACAACACAAUCUCAACCAGUGGCGUGUUUCAAGGUUGGGCAAUUAUUUCAUCCCGGGCAAAUCCAUUAGGUGGCGCCACUGCUGCUACAUGACUUACUUCAGCUUUAAUAACCGGUGUUUCCCCAGCAGGCUACACGAGAAAGGGAAUUUACAUAGCAAAAUCACCAAAGCAUACCGUGCCUUAGUGUUCAUAAUCGCAGACGUUGUAUAAUAGUGAGAAAACAUGAACAACCUCACAAAGUUUGUAUAUUGUCCAAAAAAAAGACCAUAUUUUUUGUGGUGCCAGCGUAAAGUCUGUUCACAACGAGGAGGAUAACUAAAUGGACAAUAAAGACUCGUAAAGAAUGUUACAAAUUUUAAAGUACGGAAUAUUGCGAUUAAUAAAACAUUGAUACACACAGCCAAGAAUACUCUCAAAAGCUUUCAGAGAAAGAAAAUAAUGCUAUAGAAUGGCCUAGCCAAUCACCUGAUGUAUAUCCAAUAUAAUACAAAUAAAAGAUCAGAUUUGAUCGACGAGAUCCACAGAACCAUCAAGAUUUUAACACUGAUGAACGUUACUUAUUUUAAAGUACGGAAUAUUGUGAUUAAUAAAACAUUGAUAGAAAAAAAUAGGAAGCUGCCAAUCAAACUAACGGCCAAUCAGAAUCCAUCCUGCUUUUAAAGGGACAGGAGCAAAAACUUUUUUUGCUAACGUUAUAGUUAUCAUUCAUAAUGUGAACAGACCUUAAAGGAAUAGUUCAUGCAAAAUUGACAAUUCUGUCAUCAUUUACUCAUUUUCUACUUCUGUUUUAUUUUCUGUUAAAACAGAUUAAAUAAGAUAUAAUGACCUUUAUUGACUUCCAUUGCAUUUGUUUUCCUACUACUAAAGUCAACGACUUCUAGUUUCCAACAAUCAUAAAAUUUUAUGUGUUCAAAGUCAAAUAAAUAAACCGUGAGUAACAAUGAGUAACUUUUCACUUUUGUGUGAACUACCCCUUUAUCCCGAAGUAGGUCACGUUUCAAUCUUGUACACCAAAUAAACCAGCCUGAUCUCACGAGGAAAUGUAACUAUUUUACGUUUUGUUAGUUUAGUCGCGAAUUCAUACAAAUUCGUAAGAGUUCAGUUGUACAAAAGUGUACGAUUUUAAAAAGAUGCCAUCAUUAGGGGAGGAGCGAAUCGUACUAAAUUGUACGAUCACACGAAUUCAUACGAAUUAGCUUCUAAAUUAAAAAGUUACGAAUUGCCGUGAAAUCAUGUUGAAAUAAACACAUUCAAUCACUUCAAUUCAUGCCAAGUGAAAUCUACAGGUGUUGAAAGUGCCUUUUGUGUGUUCUUUUCCAGCUCAGAAAUAUUUUGACGCCAAAAAAAAAAAAAAGAAAAUGCGAGUCAGAUUUGGAUUCUAUCACCGUAAUGCCUUUGACAUAGUCAAAAAAAAAAUCAUGAGAUCUGAAACUGAUAGCUCAUAAGUGGCUGUUUGCUUUUUGUUUGUCAGUGCAUUAAUGGUGUUGUGUAUGUGUAUAUAAGGGAAGGGUGAUAUAUGAUUUAAUGACAUCAGUGCUAACAGAUUCCUCAUUUCUCUGGGUGAAAUAAAUCGGACUGUGGAUCUCGGUCUUAUUCACCACACAAGAAUGUGUUUUUGUUGCUUUGUUUUUGUCAGCCAUGUCUCUGUUAGUAAAGUGAGCAUUGAAACCGAACACUAAUGUCUGUGACGGCUGUUUUCCCGGAGAGCACUGAAGAGUUUUGGCUAGCUGUUUUUAAUAGAUGGACUCAUGUCGAAUAAUUGUUUUCAAUUGUGUAUAUUUUCAUUAAGGGGGGGCGAGGGAUACAAAAAAGAAAAUGAAAAUAAACUUUUAGUGUUUGU